AAUUUUUUUAAUUUAGACUUAGAGCUUAUCCAUCUCCAAUAGCUAUGCUAAUAAAUUCAAGAUUGGCGGAAAGAUCGAAGGUGAAGCCGCCUUGGUUGCCAAUUACAUUGCCACUGAACUCCGUCUUUGUCUUGACGUUUGUCUUAACUGUUCCUUGGCAAUUCGGGGAGAUGGAGACACUGGCAUCAAAACUGCAGCUGAGAGACUCUCUUCCAGUGCCUUGUGUUCAAGAGUUGGCCAAAAGCUCAUUGUCGACGGUUCCCCUUCGAUAUGUUCGCCCUGAUCAAGAUCCUCCUUUCGAAUUCACUGACGCUUCAGCUGAAGUCCCUGUUAUUGACAUGCACAAGUUGUUGUUCUCCAACAAUUUUGAUGAUUCUGAACUUGAUAAGCUUCAUCAUGCUUGCAAAGAUUGGGGUUUCUUCCAGGUGAUAAAUCAUGGAGUGAGCGAUGUACUGGUAGAGAAUGUGAAAUCAGGGAUUCAAGCUCUUUUUAACCUUCCUAUGGUAGAGAAGAGGAAGUUGUGGCAAAGACCAGGAGAUGUUGAAGGCUUUGGACAGAGCUUUGUUGUCUCUGAGGAGCAGAAGCUUAAUUGGGGAGAUCUCUUUGGCAUGUUUAUCCUCCCCACUUAUUUGAGGAAACCUCACUUGUUCCCCAACCUCCCUCUUCCAUUCAGAGAUGAUUUGGAUGCCUAUGCAUUGGAGAUGAAAAAUCUUGGCAUGAAACUGUUCGACUUAAUGGCGAAAGCUCUGGAAAUGGACAGUAGCGAAAUGAGAGAGCUGUAUGAGGAAGGAAUGCUGUCAACAAGAAUGAAUUACUAUCCUCCAUGUCCUCAACCAGAACUUGUCAUGGGACUCAAUAACCAUUCUGAUGCUUCAGCCAUUACCAUUCUUCUUCAAGUCAAUGAAAUGGAAGGCCUCCAGAUAAGGAAGGAUGGGAGAUGGACUCCUGUUAAGCCUCUCCCAAAUGCUUUUGUUGUCAAUAUUGGAGAUGUUUUGGAGAUCGUCACAAAUGGAAUAUAUCGCAGCAUCGAGCAUCGGGCGACAGUGAACUCAACGAAGGAGAGGCUUUCAGUGGCCAUGUUUUUCAGUCCAAGGUUGGAUGGGGAGAUAGGUCCUGCCCCAAGCUUGGUCACUUCAGAAAGACCUGCUUUGUUUAAAAGAAUUGGAGUCGCAGAUUUCCUCAAUGAAUUCUUCAAAAGAGAACUGAAUGGAAGGUCAUAUCUUGAUGUUAUGAGGAUCCAAGAGGAAUAAGACUAAAAACAGGCGUUAUUCAUGAGUAUAUCUCAACUAGGUUGACACAUCCUACAUCCUAGCACUCUCAUUAUACUAUGUUGACAUUUUAUUGCUUAAAUGCCCCACCACUUACCUUCUUCCAGAAGUUCUUUUGUUGAUAAAAGCUGUUAGAAGCAAAUUUGAGUUGGUAAAAGCUUUUGAAAAGUUGGAUCUUUUGUUCAGAUUUUGAAGCAAAUUUUGAGUGGGUUAGUGGCUUUCUUUUUGCUGUUUUGAUUAAUGGCCAAUUCAAAUUUUAAAGUAAAUGCAAGAUGAGGAGUGGGGUUUCCCUUUUUCU